CAUUGUUUUUCUGACCUAGCCCGGGUCGUAGGGUUUUGCGGAUCACAUCGAGCGAUCGAUCGAUCGAGGCAGGAGCUAUGAGCCGAGGGAGUGGCGCUGGAUACGAUCGCCACAUCACGAUCUUCUCGCCGGAGGGGCGCCUCUAUCAAGUCGAGUAUGCAUUCAAGGCUGCCAAGAGCCCGGGCAUCACAUCGAUUGGUGUCCGUGGAGCAGACUCGGUGUGCGUGGUUACACAGAAGAAAGUCCCGGAUAAACUUCUAGACCAAAGCAGCGUCACGCAUUUGUAUGCUAUCACGCCCUACAUUGGUCUCCUUGCGACUGGAAUGACAGCUGACGCGAGAUCUCUGGUACAACAUGCGAGGAACGAAGCCGCGGAGUUCCGUCACAAGAACGGCUACGAGAUUCCUGUCGACUUUCUCUCCAAAAGGCUUGCGGACAAGUCCCAAGUUUACACACAACACGCGUACAUGCGCCCACUGGGUGUCGCGGCAAUGAUCAUCGCCAUUGACGAGGAGAAAGGCCCACAGCUUUUCAAGUGCGACCCGGCUGGUCACUAUGUUGGCUACAGAGCCACUAGCGCGGGUUUGAAAGAGCAGGAGGCUGUCAACAUUCUGGAGAAGAAGAUGAAGAACAAUCCACAACUCUCCUACGACGAAACUGUUCAAACGGCGAUCUCGGCUCUCCAAUCCAUUCUUUUGGAAGAUUUCAAGGCCACGGAGAUCGAGGUUGGCAUUGUGCGAGCCACCGAUCCAAAGUUCCAAAUCAUGUCCACGGAGGAAAUUGACGAGCACUUGACAGCGAUCAGCGAGCGAGACUAGACUCUGAUCUUUCGUGUAUUCGCUCCUCUCUUCCCAUUAAGAAAAUGGUAUUUUGCUGACCA